AUCGAUGUGCAAUGAUGUAUAGUGGGUGUAUGUAUUUCUAGGUUGAUACAAACAAAUAGCGGAUAUUUAAAAUGACAUCUUUUGUAAAGAUCGAUUUUAAAUUCUUUAUAUGCACGUAGAAAUAAUAAUUAUAAUUUUCUAAGAAACGUACAAUAAUAUUCUAAAAUCAAUUUUUAAUCUGUAGCAAUGAGUGAGUUUAAAGUUCAUCAUCUAAUAGUGGAAUUAAUUGGUUUAUUAGGAUCCACAGCUGCACCAGAAAAGUUUGUAGAAAGAUUACAAAAAGAAAGUACUGUAACCACAGGAGCCUUAAACGUUAUUGCCUCUCAGAGUUGUGUUCGUCGUUUAACUAAAGCUUCACCAUUUCCAGAAUUGUUCUUACAAAAAUACGAAGAACUUAAAUCUAAAAAGGUAGAUUUAUUAGGCCCAUUUAUGCAACUUUUGGAAUAUAUAUCUGGAGAUAAAGAAUUAAGAACUUGUUUGGCGAAACACGCAACCGUAUUAUCAGCACCUAAAACUUCUCCUAUUACAAAAGAAGACUUACCACAGAUUUGUAAAAAUGUAAUAAAGGCUGCUGUAGAAGGAGAAAGAAAAUUAAAUAAGCAAGUUGUUUCAGUCGUUAAAAAAAGUGAUGCUGCUUUGAAACAUAAUUGGAUAACAGAAAGACCGCGUAUGUCUUGGGACUUUCAUAUCGAAGGAAAUACAGGACCAUGUCAAAAAGUCGUACCAAUUGUAUCUCAAGAGUCUAUACUCCUCUGGGAUGUUUUAUAUUGUUUGAAAGGUAUAGAUGGAACUUACAUUGUUUCCGAACCUUUAACAAAUUCUUAUGGUGUUAGAACAUUCAGUAUAUCAUCUGAUGUUGGAAUAUCUUUUAAACAAAUGGUUCAACAAAUACUUCCCUUGGCAUCUUAUUACUCUAUGACAAUUAGGUUCGUUGAAGAAAAAGUUUCAUCAGAAGAUGGGCAAGUGAAUCAUGCCUUAAGAGGAGCUAUAAGAUGUUUAUUAAAAGAUUAUUUGUUAUUUAUUGUACAAUUGGAAAUGGAACAUAUUCGUAACAAACUUAAUUUGCAGAAAUUAUGGUUCUAUAUUCAAUCUACUAUGUCCACUAUGUUUAUACUAUCACAAAUUACAUCCACAAUAUGCAAGGCAAAUGCUCGAGGUGGAAAAGUAUUAAGUCUUCUUCAUGAACAAGCAAAUAAUAUAAGUGGUGAACCAAAAUCCAAAGAAUUAUGUUUAUUUUUAAUCCAUGCAGCUAGUGUUCCUUAUAUGCAAAUAUUAGAAAAAUGGGUUUAUAAAGGUGUAAUUCGUGAUCCAUAUGAAGAAUUUCUUGUAGAAGAUAAUGAGCUUAUUCAACGAGAAGAACUUCCUGUAGAUUACUCUGCAGAUUAUUGGGAAAAGAGGUAUACAAUGAGACCAGAAAGAAUUCCAAUAUUCUUAAGUGAUCAUGCUCAAACAAUUCUUAGAACGGGAAAAUAUUUUAAUGUAAUCAGACAAUGUGGAAAAACAAUAAAAUGGGGUAAACAAGAACCUUUUACUUAUCAGCAUAAAGGACAACAAUAUAUUGCUGCAAUAGAUAGAGCAUAUUCAGAAGCAGCAAAGACUUUAUUAGAAGUCUUGAUGGAAGAGAAUGAUUUAAUGGGUAGAUUACGUAGCGUGAAAAGUUAUUUUCUUUUAGCUCAAGGAGAUUUUGUGGUCCAAUUUAUGAAUUUGUGUGAGGCCGAAUUGAACAAAAAUAUGUACGAUAUUGUUCUACAUCGUAUAGCAUCUCUUCUUGAAGUUGCUUUACGUAUGUCUACUGCUGAUUUAGAUCCAUACAAAGAUGAUCUAAAGCCAGAACUUCUUCCUUAUGAUCUACAGUUUCAAAUGUUUAGAAUACUUUCUAUACAGACGCGAGAAGAAAGAGAAUAUUGCUUUCAAGCAGAUAAAACAUUAACUGGAUUAGAAGCAUUUGUAUUUAAUUAUGAAGUCAAGUGGCCUGUUUCUUUAAUUAUAAACAGAAAAGCAAUUGCAUGCUAUCAAAUGUUAUUUAGACAUUUGUUACAUUGUAAAUAUAUUGAAAGAAUCCUAUGUAGAGUAUGGAUCAGUAAUAAAAUAGCAAAAACCUUCACACAUGAAGUAGCUAUGGCAUAUAGACAGUCAUUUUCACUAAGGCAACGGAUGCUAGAUUGUAUUCAACAUUUGGAAUAUUAUAUGAUGGUUGAAGUUAUAGAACCAAAUUGGUUAACAUUCAUAAAUAAAAUGAGCAAAGUUUGUAAUGUUGAUGAAGUUCUUAGUGUCCAUCAAGAUUUACAAGAUAGUUAUUUAAAAGAGUGUAUGCUAACUGAUCCUGAUCUUCUUGGUUGUAUUACUGGAAUUUGUGCAACUUGCAUUGAAUUUUGCAACUUCAUGCAGCGUAUGAGCCGUUACUACAUAGAUGCUGAAUUGACUUCCAUGAUUGGUACCAAUCAAGAUGAUGUCUAUGAAUCUGAGGUGGAAGCUGGUUCAAUCUCAAAAAAUUGUACACCAAGCUUUGAAGAAACUAUUCUUUCAUUGGAUAACAAAUUUACAGAAGCAUUAAUGCGUUUAUUAGAUAGAAUUUGUGAUUUAGGUUGUGAUAAUAAUAAUGAAAAACUACUUAAUGUUCUUUGCCGGCUGGAUUUCAAUUUGUUUUAUACCAAAAUUUUGGUUCAACGAGAGAAAGAUAAAACUGUCACACAACAAGAUGUUUCUGGAUAGGCAGAUCGUUAUUAUCACGAAAAUUAUUUGGAAAGCUUACAGAAUAGAAUUCGUUAACAAUGAAGUGUGUGUACGUGCGUGCGUGCGUGCGCGCGUGUAUGUGUAUUUCAUUGUUAACGACGGUGUCAUCAAUAUUUAAAUGGCACAUUUCUGAGAGUAUUAUA